GAGCCUGUGAUGGUUAAGGAAUACUGGUGAGAGCUGUUCUCUGACAUGAGAACAAGAGCAUCAGAACAUCAUAUCAGAAGAUUGUAGGAUCACCUGAAAUGCCAGGGGUUCUGAAACUUGGACCCUCAGAAUGACGUCGCUGGACUUCCACUCCCACCAACCGCAGCCACCAUACAGAAUCCCUGGCCAGCAUCACAUGAUCCCUUGGUACAACCUUGAGCAAAAACAAGGCCGUCAGUAUCUGAGAGAACUUCUGGGCUGGAAGGAAUUUGACGAAAUCCGAGAUCUGCGGCGAAGCAUCCAGCUCGACCUCCACUAUCGGAGCCUGGUGUUUGCUGCCGAGAAAGGUUUGCCUUGGCCAGCCGUGGCGGAAGUCGGCAGGUUGAUGGGGGAGCUGCUGGAGGGAACCAAAGGUGUGCCCAUUCCGGAGGUCAUCAACAUCCUCCAGGGGAAGCUCUCUGCCUUUCCAGUGAAGCUGCCCCCUUUCCAGCUGUGCGCCAUCUAUGAUUACUUCCACAACACACUCAUCAAGCAAUACUGGCUCUACCAGUUCACCCUGACCCAGGAGAGGAACCACCACCAAAGAUUUGCCAGCCUGGAGGUCUGCGCUCCCCCACAGCCGCUCCCACUGAGGGAGGGCACCGAAAUCGGAGCCUGGAAGUACCAGGAGCAGCUGGCCGCCCUCUCCGCGGCGGAGGACCAAAAGCGGGCCAACAUGGUGCUGAUCCGGAAAACCUUGCAGCGUGAGAGAGAACAGGUGCUGCAGAGAGUGUACGGUGAUGUCUCACGGCAUAUGGAGGCUCUUGGCAAAGAGACUCUCUCGUCUCUCGUCAGAGAAGCAAUUAAGGCCCAGAUCCAGAAUCUGAGUGACAUCCUCCAGAAUGAGAUCCAGACUACCUUUGAAAUCUUGCAGCUGAAGCUCCAGAAGAAAGCCCUCACGCUCAACCCACCCGCCCCUAACCCACUGCCACCCAUUCCCGAAGGAAGGAGAAUGAGCAAAGCCCUCAAGGCAAAUCAGGAGAAAUCCAAGGAAUCAAAGGAGAAGGGGAAGAAGAAGAAGAAGAAGUAGUCACAUCGUGAGGAUUACCUUACUCUGAGGUUAACUUGAGCAUCCCUUAGAGCAGCGUUAAGCCACCUUGGCUCUCCAGCUGUUGCUGAACUAUCUCUCCCAUCAUCCCCAGCUGAAGUUUAUUGCCACUGUGGAUGAUGGGAGUUGUAGUUCAGCAAGAGCUGGAGAACCCAGGUGGUCUACCCCUGCCUUAGAGCAAAGCAGCCAUGCUUACUUCUUGAAUGCAUUUUCUUUCCUGGUCCUUAUAGCCUUCCUAUCGUUGUGUCUUAAGGGUGAUUCUCAGUGACUAGUCAGCCUGUGUGUGGGCUGUACCACUUCAAGCCACAGAGGGAGAGUUGUGUGAUUGAAUCUGCCUCCAUAAAAAAGAUCCUUGCACACAGAAAACUAACAUUUCAAAAGAGAGGGUUCUAACUCGCCUUGAUGAGCUAGUUGAUGAGCUAGUUUUCUACAUACAGUUUCAUCAUCGCCUUGAUGAGCUAGUUUUCUACAUGCAGAGGAGCUGGUCUUGAAUAGAGAAGCAUUUGAUCAAAUAACCCCCUGUCUAUGGCCUGAAGUGGUACAGCCCUGACCCAGGAGGCCGUUUAGCCCUGAAGUGGUACAGCCGGUUGUGAGAAAUAAGCCCAAGUUUUUGGUUCCAGGCAACGGAGAUCUACCAAGGAAUAAAUCCAAAGCUAAUAAGUGCUCAUGUUUGAGACCAGUAAGCAUUGCUAGCUCUGAAAUCAGAGGGAAAGCAAAUGAUUCCUGUUCCGCGCUGGGAUGCAUUGACAUCCUGUAAAGGAUGGUUUAAGGGGUUCACAAGGAGCUUUCUGUAUCUUUUCCUGAUGCCCAGUAACAGCAUCUCCUAAUAAAGUGAAAUCACCAUCUUCCUCCUAA